AGUGUUUUAAAAAUAUUUUAUUCCACAGAUGGAGGCGGAACUCCAGUUCAGGAUGAACAUCAGACAUCGGAUUGUGAGGACAGCAACAAACAUCAUUCUGGGGACGAGGGCAGCAACGAUGAGGAGCCGUCCUACAACAAACGGAGGUACGACAGCGACUCCGACAACGAUGUUCGCCGAGGUGGCGACAGUGACUCAGAAGCGGAAGUGCCCGGUCACCACGGCGACAGCGACCAGGGGAGCGACUCGGAGGCAGAGGCUCCCGUUCCCCACAAUGACCAGGGGAGCGACUCAGACGUGGACGCUCCUGUUCGCCACCACGACCAAGGGAGUGACUCAGAGUCCGAGGCUCCAAUUCGCCCCAAUGUCCAGGGGAGCGACUCAGAGGCUGAAGCUCCCGUUCAGCGCAAUGUCCACGGGAGCGACUCUGAGGCCGAGGCUCCCGUUCCCCACAAUGACAUGGGGAGCGACUCAGACAUGGAGGCUCCUGUUCGCCACCACGACCAAGGGAGUGACUCAGAGGCAGAGGCUCCAAUUCACCCCAAUGUCCAGGGGAGCGACUCUGAGGCCGAUGCUCCCGUUCACCGCAAUGUCCAGGGGAGCGACUCUGAGGCAGAACGUCCAAAACCCGUUGACAGUGACGACGAUGAUGGCUCUGUUGGCAAACACAGGAUAAGCGUAUCGGAGGAUGAGAUGCCAUUCAAAAAUGGCGCCUCAGACAAUAAGGAAAGAGAGGUGUCGUCCCCUGUGAAGCACAGGGGGAGCAGCUCGGAUAUGGAGGAGGACAGAGGCAAAACGGCGGCUGCGCAGGGUGACACUGACCACAAGGGCGCCAAAGCAAAAGCCUCCACCGACAGUGACUCUGACACAGAGAUGGCCGCCGGACCGAUGGCGGCAGUGAAGGACUCUACCGACGAGUCCGGCGUGCGACAGGGAGAGUCUGAGAAGAGAGGUCGAGGCAAGUGGAAGGCCGUCAUGCGGUCGGACAGUGAGGAUGACGAGGAGGACGGCAGCGAUGGGAGGAAGAACGCAGCCAACGUUGUGGGUAGUGACGGAGAAGCGCAAGCUACACAGAAAACCUCUGACUACAGUCACGACGACGAUGAUGAACAGCCAGUGAAGAGGAAGAAGGCCAUCCUGUCAGACAGCGAGGAAGACGAAGAGACAGAAAAACCAGCUGUUAAGAGGAGUCGAGCGGUUUCCGACGAUGACAACUCCGACAGCGACGCCGAGUCGGGCGGAAUCGAUAAGAGCAUGGCGGCCAAGCUCCGGGAGCUGGGUUCCGACAGCGGCAGCGAUGAGGACGACCGCUCCAAGGGCGCGGCAGAGACUAAAGAUGAGAAGGCGCUGUUUGGGAGCGACAGUGACGAUGACGACAACCAGGAAGAGAAAAUGAUCGCAGACAUCUUCGGAGAGUCUGGUGAUGAAGAGGAGGAAGAGUUCACGGGUUUCAACCAAGAAGACCUGGAGGGCGACAAGAAGGAGGUCAAGGAGAAGCAAAAAGAGAUGGAGGACUCGGACUCUGAUGAGGGCAUCCGCCGCGGAGGCCAAGAUUCCAGCUUCAUGUCUGACUUUGACAUCAUGCUGGCGCGCAAAAAGGCCUUGAGCGGCAAGCGGCGGCGCCACCGAGACGGCGGGACGUUCAUCAGCGACGCAGAUGACGUGGUCAGCGCCAUGAUCAUCAAGAUGAACGAGGCCGCUGAGGAGGACAGAACACUGAACAGUGCCAAGAAACCAGCCCUGAAGAAGCUUACUCUGCUGCCUCAAGUGGUCAUGCACCUAAAAAAGCAGGACCUGAAGGAGACGUUCAUCGACAGUGGUGUCAUGUCGGCCAUCAAAGAGUGGAUCAGCCCGCUUCCUGACAAGUCCCUGCCGGCACUGCGGAUCCGAGAGGAGCUGCUCAGGGUCUUGCAGGAACUGCCCAGCGUCAGUCAGGAGACACUGAAACACAGCGGGAUUGGUCGCGCCGUCAUGUUCCUGUACAAGCACCCCAAAGAGUCCAGAUCUAACAAAGACCUGGCCCUCAAGCUCAUUAACGAAUGGUCACGGCCCAUCUUUGGCCUGACGUCGAACUACAAAGGAAUGACACGAGAGGAGCGGCAGCAGCGUGACCUGGACCAGCAGAUGCCUCAGCGCAGGCGACUCAGUUCUGGAGGACUGACUCCCCGUCGAGACCUGGAGAAACAGCUGACGGGAGAGGAGAAAGCGCUCCGACCAGGCGACCCGGGCUUUUGCGCCAGGGCUCGAGUCCCGAUGCCCUCCAAUAAAGACUACGUUGUCCGGCCCAAAUGGAACGUGGAGAUGGAGUCCAGCAGGGGUCCCGUUAAGAAGGGGAUGUCCCGGGUGGACAAGCAGAUGCGUCGUUUUGCAGACAUCCGCCGCCUCACCAAGCCGGGACACGCCGUGAAAAUCAGCGUGGAGGGAAAUCGCAUGCCACUCUGAUUUUUAACCGCUAUAGCAGAUGUGUCAAACUCUGGUCCUCGAAGGGCAUCUCCUGCCUGUUGUAGAUUCUCCUCCGUUCUCCAAGACACCUGAUUCAAAUGAUCAGCUCUGCAGAAGCCUGAUAUCGAUGCUGUUCAUUUAAAUCAGGUGUAUCGCAACAGGGAGAUGGAAAACAUGCGGCACGGCAGCCCUCCAGAACCGGUGUUUUACAUCAAUCCUCUGUAGGAAUUAUUUUCUUUUCUUCUCUCACUUUAUUAUUAUUAUUAUUUUUUAUGUCGGGUGCAGCUCUACACUCUGUUGCCGUUUUUAAUUCUCAUCCGGGAGGACCAUCUGCUUGGUCGCACAGUCUCAGUUGUCGCCAACAUAAGUUAAAACAUGUCCUCUUUUCUAACAGAUGAGUGUCAAAUCAUGGUCAAAAGCGAGAUACACAAAUUAAAUCAUCAGUGUUGUCACUCUCUGCUGCUGCUCCAGUCAGGCCUCCUCAACUAAUGCUGAUGUCUCAGCGUGUCCAGGGUCAGUUUGUAGAGCCUGGAUGUGCACUGUCCUGCUGUGGGUCCAGGAUAAUUUUCUAAAUAAAACAAAACCUACUGUCA